CAAUCCCUUGCUCCUCAGAUUACCGUGGGUCACGUGGUACUGUCACUAAGGCGGAAAUGAAAGUUAACUAGCGCCAGCAGCGGAGCACAGCCGAAAAAGAGCUGUGAUGCCAUGGCAGCUGCCAGCGUGACCAGACCUGGCAGUGCCCAGACCACUGAAAAGUCUCAGUUGACCUUGAAAGUGGUCUCAGCCAAGCCCCAGUCUCCCAAGCUGCCAAACCGUCACUCGCGGUUCAGCUCCUUUGUUGAGGUGACGGCUGACGGCCUGACCAGCGAAACCAAAAAAACAGGCAAACGCAGCGGACACCUAGAGCUCCAGUGGAAUGAGGACCUUACCCUUAACGUGACGCCUCAGAGUCGCCUGGAUCUGAAGCUGUGGAGCUGCCACACCCUUAGGAAGGAGCUACUGGGCAGUGCCACCAUAGACCUGCUGGACACACUGCGGACGCACGAUGGCAAGAUGGAGAAUGUCCAGCUGAGUCUGGUGCUGCAGACGGAGAACAAAGGCUCGGUUGUAGCGGGAGGCGAACUCAACGUCUGUCUGGACGGCCUGGUUGUUGAUCUGGGCUCCCUGCCCAAUGGCAGCGCGGCAGCAGACAAGAUGCUGCAGUCGGACCGGCCCAACCUGAGGAGGACACAGAGUGAGGAGACUCCCAGUACAGCUGGAGUCCGCGGCAGGAGUAACAGGCACUCGGCCGGAGGGUCCCAGGCAGGCUCCCCAGGGUGCUCCAGAGGAGGCUCUCUGACGAACGGGGAGCUAAGCGAGGAGCAGAGCCCUGGCUCGGGGGCGUCCAGUCGCCGUCGUUCCUCCAAGAGCCACAGCAGCCCAGGAAGCAGCACAGGCAAAGUUGAGUUGACCGCCAACGGGCUGGAAAACGGUCGGGGCGGCCCGGCUCGCCACACCCCUCCUCCCUCCUCUCCAUCGGGUCGGUCCCCAGUACCCAGCAGCAGCAGCAGCAGCAGCCCCUCACCGGGUCAGGACGCCCUGGCCCCGGCUCCCCCGGCGGAGUCCAGACCCACCAGCACCUCCAGCUCUGAGCAGACCAGCAGCACCUCCACAGAGCCUGCCACAGACUCACUCCCAGCUGGCUGGGAGCAGAGGGUGUUGCCUCACGGCAGAGUGUACUAUGUGGACCACAACACCAAAACCACCACCUGGGAGAGACCACUGCCACCUGGCUGGGAGAAGCGUGUGGACCAGCGGGGCAGGUUCUACUACGUGGACCACAACACCAGAACCACCACGUGGCAGAGGCCCACUGCUGAGUCGGUCCGCAACUAUGAGCAGUGGCAGAGCCAGCGCAGCCAGCUGCAGGGCGCCAUGCACCAGUUCAGCCAGCGCUUCCUCUACCAGUCAUCCGGUGCUCCAGUGGAAAAUGACCCUCUGGGCGCCCUGCCUCCUGGAUGGGAGAAGCGCCAGGACAAUGGGAGAGUGUACUUUGUCAACCACAACACGCGCACCACGCAGUGGGAGGAUCCUCGGACCCAAGGAGUGAUCACCCCUCCUCCCCUCCCUGUCAUCCAGAUGAUCCAGGAGCCCCCCCUGCCCCCGGGCUGGGAGAUGAAGUACACCGCUGAGGGAGUCCGAUAUUUUGUGGACCACAACUCGCGCACCACCACCUUUAAAGACCCCCGCCCCGGCUUUGAGUCAGGGUCGCGGCAGGGUGGUUCACCUGGGGCCUACGAUCGCAGUUUCAGGUGGAAAUACCACCAGUUCCGUUUCCUUUGCCAUUCCAAUGCCUUGCCCAGCCACGUCAAGAUCUCUGUGUCCAGACAGACGCUGUUCGAGGACUCAUUUCAACAGAUUAUGAAUGUGAAGCCAUAUGACCUGCGCAGGAGACUCUACAUCAUCAUGAGAGGAGAGGAGGGGCUGGACUACGGCGGCAUUGCCAGGGAAUGGUUCUUCCUGCUGUCCCAUGAGGUGUUGAACCCCAUGUACUGUCUGUUUGAGUACGCCGGCAAGAACAACUACUGUCUGCAGAUUAACCCGGCCUCCUCCAUCAACCCCGACCACCUCACCUACUUCCGCUUCAUCGGACGCUUCAUCGCCAUGGCCUUGUACCACGGCAAGUUCAUCGACACCGGCUUCACGCUGCCGUUCUACAAGCGGAUGCUGAACAAGAAACCGACGCUCAAAGACCUGGAGUCCAUCGACCCCGAGUUUUACAACUCCAUCGUGUGGGUCAAGGAGAACAGCCUGGCCGAGUGUGGGGUGGAGCUGUAUUUCGCUCAGGACAUGGAGAUUCUCGGGAAAGUCUCUACUCACCAGCUGAAGGACGACGGGGAGAACGAGCUGGUCACCGAGGAGAACAAGGAGGAGUACAUCAGCCUGCUGACUGACUGGAGGUUCACUCGCGGGGUGGAGGAGCAGACCAAAGCCUUCCUGGACGGCUUCAACGAGGUGGUUCCACUGGAGUGGCUCCGCUACUUUGACGAGAAGGAGCUGGAGCUGAUGCUGUGUGGAAUGCAGGAGAUCGACUUGGCCGACUGGCAGAAGAACACCAUCUACAGACACUACACCAAGAACAGCAAGCAGAUCCACUGGUUCUGGCAGGUGGUGAAGGAGAUGGACAACGAGAAGAGAAUCCGACUGCUUCAGUUUGUGACGGGAACGUGUCGGCUUCCCGUCGGAGGCUUUGCUGAACUCAUAGGGAGUAACGGACCCCAGAAGUUCUGUAUAGACAAGGUGGGGAAGGAGACUUGGCUUCCAAGAAGCCACACCUGCUUCAACCGUCUGGACCUGCCGCCCUACAGAAGCCUGGAGCAGCUGAGAGAGAAGCUCCUGUUUGCCAUCGAGGAGACGGAGGGCUUCGGACAGGAGUGACCGCAGACACACAGAGGAGGACAAGUCUUUCGCCGGGAUGAUUUUUUUGUUUUUGUUUUUGUUUUUUUAAUUUGUUAACCACAGGGCUAUGAAAUUGCCUGUCAUCUGUAAAUCCAAACCCCCUCACUCGGGGGAUGAUUUUGUUUGUACGGGAAACCGAACUGAAUCAUGGGAGGACAUGGAGGAAUGGGACAGACGGGGGGGAGAGGCGUGUGCAUGUGUGCGUGCAUGCGUGUGUGUGCGGCCAUUGUGAAUAUGCAUACAAAUAGUGUGUGUAUGUGUGUGUGUGGGUGUGGGUUUGAGUGGCUGCUGCGUACAGAGACGUAUAUUGGAGUCCCCGCCCUCACGCCUCUACUCACUGCUUAGAAACGCACCAAAAAGCAAGAGAACGGGAUAGUUUUAAUAUCAGCAGCAAAUCACAGCAACAGCACAGCUACAUGCAAAUAAACUCUAUCAUAUCUAUCGGAGAGAAAAACAGUUUUUGUAACGUUCAGAAGGGGCACGAGAGCGAUGCAGAGUGAAUGAGAGGAGCUGUGUGUGUCCAUGUACAAGAGACUGAGCUGUUGUCAUGAACUAGUGCACCUCUGUUACAGAGGCUAGACAGGUGAGAUGUGAUUUUAUUUUUAUUUUUCUGUCAAUGGUGAAAUUCAGCAUUUCUUUUCCUGUACAUAGCUAAAAUAAAUGAGACUCCAAUCUUUAA